AUGUUCACCUCAAAUAAUGAGUGGACUAUUUCCUUUACUGGUUGUGGAUUUUUGGGAAUUUAUUAUUUUGGAGUAUACAGUUGUCUGUUGGAACGGGCUCAUCACCUAAUUGAAAGUACCAGUAAGAUUUGUGGUGCUUCAUCAGGAGCGCUGAUCGCAGCCAUGGUAGCAUGCCAAAUGACACCAGCCAAGUGCUGUGAAAAUCUGAUGACAAUAGCCAAAGAGGCACGGAAAGGCAUGCUGAGCUCCAUGCAUCCCUCCUUCAACCUGUUGAAGUUAACCAGACAGCUGUUGGUCCGAGAGCUGCCUGAUAACGCUCACCUCCUUGCCAGUGGGAAACUGUGUGUGUCGCUGACACGCCUUUCAGAUGGGAAGAACGUGGUCAUAUCGGAGUUCACCAGCAAGGAUGAUCUCGUUCAGGCUUUAUUUUGUAGCUGUUUUUUCCCCAUAUACUGUGGAGUGGUGCCACCUAGUUAUCAUGGCACACGCUACGUCGAUGGCGCUUUGAGUGACAGUGUUCCAUAUUCCGGUCUGAAGAACACCAUCGUUGUCUCGCCAUUCUCUGGUGAAAGUGAUAUCUGUCCAUAUGACAACCCAGUCUACUGCCAGGAAGUGAGACACUGCAAUAUGAGCCUUAACAUCAACUUGGCUAAUGUGCACCGUGUUGUCCAAGCGUUUUUCCCGCCAGAACCUGAGGUUAUGGCAGAGAUUUGUCACAACGGAUACAAAGAUGCGCUCAUGUUUCUUAAGAAAAAUGAUUUCUUGGAAAAGGACUCGUUUAUUUCUGAACUUAGAAUAAAUCAUAGACAAGAAAAGUGCCCCUGGUCCAAGACACACAAUUACACACGGCACCGUGAACUGACACCAUCUGAACAGAGCUGUGUGCUGGAUAAACAGCAGAUUAAUCUCCUGCCUGAGUCGAUCCAACAAGACUUGCUGGAUGGAUGUUGGAGAUGGUGUCUGAUCUUCUGUGGCUGUGAGAAGUCAUCUCGAAAGGAAGCAUUGUUGUGGAAGAAACCAUCCAGCGAAAGGUUUUUACACUGAACAGGAGAACUCGUACAGAUGUCGAAAAAACAAAAGGACAUCCUCUUGGAAUUUUAUCAGCAUAAUCCCACUGAAUGUUUCGACUCGCUUGUUUCAUAGGCGGCUGUACACCUGUGAACGACAAUUCCAGCCAAGUUUGCUGCUGUCCCAGUAAGUGGAACGCUCUCAGGAAAAAAGAAAAAAAGACCUGGUGUGAUCACCAAAGGCGUUCUGUUUUUGUUGGACUGACUUCAUACUGCCCACUGUACCACUUGCACAUUACAGGAACUCUGCUGUGGGGUUUUUGCCACAUCCCCCGUACAGUCCUCUACAGUCCCCCAAGCCAUUGCCACAUGUCUGGGCCAAUAAAGGAGUUCCUGGGAGGCCAGCGUUUCAAACGUGAAGCAGACAGUCUGAUCAUGGCAGGGGCUGGGUGUAUGAAAAAAUAUUUUCUAUCUUAAUAUUUUCCAAGCACUAGUGAAACACUGGGAUAAGCGCAUCAGUGUA